AUGCCUAAUCAACUAAUCCUCCCUGUCCUCUGGAGUCUCCUCUUUCCUCUAAGUGUUGCUAUCUAUCACAAAGGCAUAGGGAACCCAGCACCCCACCCUGGUCCCCACUACCUCCUGCCCCCCAUCCACGAGGUCAUUCACUCUCGCCGCGGUGCCACGGUCACCCUACCCUGCGUUCUGGGCACCCCACCCCCCAGCUACAAGGUGCGCUGGAGCAAAGUGGAGCCUGGGGAAUUACGGGAAACACUGAUCUUGAUUACCAAUGGGCACCAUGCCCGGGGCUACGGGCCCCUGGGAGACCGUGCUAAGAUGAGAAGGGGGCACAGGCUGGAUGCCUCCUUGGUGAUCACGAGUGUGGCGCUGGAGGAUGAGGGGAGAUACCGCUGCGAGCUCAUCAAUGGACUGGAAGAUGAGAGCUUGGCAUUGACCCUCAGGCUGGAGGGUGUAGUUUUCCCGUACCAACCCAGUCAGGGCCGAUACCAGUUUAAUUACUAUGAAGCUAAGCAGGCAUGUGCGGAGCAGGACGGGCGGCUGGCGACGUACCCUCAGCUCUACCAGGCAUGGACUGAGGGCCUGGACUGGUGUAACGCCGGUUGGCUCCUGGAGGGUUUCGUGCGAUACCCGGUACUGACAGCUCGAGCACCCUGCGGGGGUCGGGGCCGGCCAGGGAUUCGCAGCUAUGGACCCAGAGACAAGCAACGUGAUCGCUACGACGCCUUCUGUUUCACCUCCGCUUUGCAGGGCCACGUGUUCUUCGUGCCGGGCCGUCUGACACUGGCAGAGGCUAGAGGAGCCUGCGCGAGGCGCGGGGCUGUGCUGGCCAAGGUUGGUCACCUCUAUGCGGCCUGGAAAUUCUCGGGCCUGGACCGCUGCGACGGGGGCUGGCUGGCGGACGGCAGUGUGCGCUUCCCCAUCACCGCCCCACGGCCUCGCUGUGGGGGCCUCCCGGAUCCCGGAGUCCGCAGCUUCGGGUUCCCCAGUCCGGAACAGCCGGCUUAUGGGACCUACUGCUUUGCCGAGACCUAGGCGGACAUCCUCUCCAAAGCCCCAGUCCAGAUGGCAACCCUUCUUCCCAUUGUUGGAUCUAAGUCCAACUGGGAAAGAGAUUGAGAGUCGAGUUGGGGACAGGGUGUGUCUGCUCUGCCUCCCUCCUUUCCGAGCUUCUCCUUCCUGCUAGACCGACUGGGAGAGACGGUGAAGGACUUACUGACGCUCUCCAUUUCCCGCACUGCAGAUAGCUGUGCCAAAGUCCGGGCGG